AGGACUUGCAGCCUGGUCCCCUGCAGCAUCCCCCACCCACACAGGACCAGUCCACGUCCUGCCACCACCCCUCCUUGCGGGGCUUGUGUCGCCCACCUCAUCCACCAACCUCUGCCCGUUCCCUGCCAGAAUCCCAAUUUUUUCCCUCCAAAACGUGCUCAAAAAUUCCACGUUGUGCAGCCACCUUCAGGACUGAACUCCUGCGUUUCCCACACACGUGCACAUCCCUGAGUAAAUCCAUACAUUCACCCCGGCAUGUGCAUAUCCCCGCACCCUCCAGUGCGUGCCCCUCGCUCUCCCCGCUCUGCCUGGCCCUCACUCCCGGUGCCCGGAGCCGUGUCCUGCCGGGAUUUUGGGCCGAGCCAGGAGCUCCCUGCCCCGGGGCCGAGCUCCGGAGCGCUUUCCCAGCUCCUCCCUCCCGCUGGCGGCCGCGGGGAUGGGCGGUGGCGGAGGCGGGCGGGAGCAGCGCUCCGCCCGCGGGGCCGGGCGGGCCGGGGCGGUGGGAGCCGAGGACAAAGGUGACCGUGAGCGAGCCGUGCCCCAAAGCCCCCUCGCACCGUCCGACCCCGCAUCCAGCGCUCUCACGGCCACCACGGCCGCGCGCGUGUCGUUGAUGCUGGUGGCCGCCGCAGACCGGAGGUAAGAGUCCAGGGCGCGGAGCCAUGAAGCUGAACGAGAGGAGCUUGGCCUUCUACGCCACCUGCGACUCCCCGGCCGACAACUCCGGCUUCCUCUACAAGCGCGGCGAGCGGCACACGGCCUACCACCGCCGCUGGUUCGUGCUCAAGGGCAACAUGCUCUUCUACUUCGAGGAGCGCGACAGCCGGGAGCCCGUGGGCGUCAUCGUGCUGGAGGGCUGCAAUGUGGAGCUCUGCGAUUCAGCCGAGAACUUCGCCUUCGCCAUCCGCUUUGGCGGCAGCAAGUCCCGCACCUACGUGCUGGCGGCGGAGAGCCAGGCGUCCAUGGAGUCCUGGGUGAAGUCGCUGUCCCGAGCCAGCUUUGACUACAUGCGGCUGGUGGUGCGGGAGCUGGAGAAGCAGCUGCAGGAGAUGAGCCGGGGGCUGCCUGGAGGAGGUGGGGGCUCCCAGGAUGCUGCCAGCUCAUGGAAGCCGCCGGGGCUGGAGCAGUCCCGGGAGCGGCUGCCGGCUCUGCCCGCCAAGGAGAACGGCUGCGCCGUGUGGAACAACGUGCUGGGGGAGGACCGGCCACCCGAUGCCUCUGGCUGCGGUGGGCACGAUGAGGAGGGGAGCCCGCGGCCGCCGCCGCUGCCGCCGCGCAGGCGGGUGGUGAACGGAGAGGCGGCGAGGGCCAGGGCAGAGAGCCCGUCCGCCUUCUGCCGGCUGCACGAGCAGUACAGCCGGGAGGUGGCCCGGCUGCGGCAGGACUGGCAGCAGAAGCGGCGUGGCCCUCAGCCCUGAGCGGUGGUUGAGCGCUGGGAACCUGCCAGGAGCUGGAGCAGGUGGCCAUCCUCGGUGCUGGCCCUGUCCCCUCCUCACCCCGGGGUGUGCAGACCUGGCUGUGGUGGUGAUGGACACCUGCUGGUGGUGCCAGUGAGGGCUGGGCAUCAAGGGACACCCGUGCUGCUCUGUGGUGGUGAAAUGGGCACCGCAGGGGUGCCCUCCAGCCAUGCCCCCAUGUGGGUUUGGGGUGCUCCACUCAGCACAAGCGAACUACAAACCACUCAUGGACUGAGGCCUCCUGGAAAUCGACUGCUGCUCUGGCUCUGCUGGGGCCUCUUGGUGCUCUUGCAGUGGGAUCAUGCCUUGACAACUUCUGGAGGAGGAUUGUGGUGGGAUCUCACCCGUGUGGGUUCCACAAUGGAGAGCCUGCUACCAACUUCCCCUCCUGGCCCAGCACAAGGCUGAGGUCGGCUGAGCUCUGCCAGAUCCCUCUGCUCCAGCAGGAUGUGGUUUGAAAUGAAAAUAUCAGUGAGUGCAGCCCUUCCUUAAUGGCAGCAGCAGCUCCGCACGCUCAGGGGAGCUGGUGACACCCAGCCCCGGGCAUUCACAGGGAGCAAUUGCUGCUUGCAGCCAAAUAUGGGGGGGGUCAGACCCUGGGGGAAUUCAGCAGCUUCAGGCACUGCUUUGCUGUGGAUAUUUUGGGACAGCACAUCAUCCCCGUGCCAGCUCAAUAAGGGGAAGCAUCGCUCGUGGUGGCGAAUGGGAACGUGUGUGUCAGCAGCAGAGCGUGAGGAGUGAUUCAUGUGCCAAACCAGAGCAAAGCUGGUGUCUCAUGCCUGUGUUUCUAUCUUAUUUCCACAUCAGAAACUCAAGCUGCUGGCCCAGAGGUGGGGUGAACCACCCUGGAGCAAGGGGGAGCAGUCAGGGUGCCCUGGCUUAGGGCUGGGUGGCUUCAGCUCCCUUUGCUCCCUUGGGACAGAUUUUUCUACAAUAAAAGUUGUUCCCUCCCA